UAAACAUGCUGCAAUCGAACUGGAAGGUCAUAUCUGCACAGACUUCAGACCAGUGCAAGCGUUCUCUGACAAAAUCUCUUGGACAUUGAAAAUCGGAAUCUUCACCAUGAACUCAAACAACGCCCAAUACGAGAGUACGCUUUCUUUGGAUAGUUUAGAAGCCCGAGAUUCCAGAAACCGGCGCCGUAUUGCCUACAGGGUGAAUGAUGCUUACUCAUCCACAGAUGAAUCGGAAACAGAUGGGUCAUCAGCCACGUCUGGGUAUAGUUCCCGAGCUAGCAGCCCGCAUGAUCUGAGCGACGUAGACGAUGUUGACGACGGAGUGGUGUUUGAGAGCACGAAGCCGCUUAUCCACACGCUUGAGUAUAUCCUCUGUGUACAAGAAAUGUGUGACGUCACAUUCCUUGCUGGCAAGAAGAAGGAGCCUGUCUAUGGACUUCAGGCGGUCAUGGGGUCAAGAUCAAGGUACUUUUAUCAACUGUUUCUCUCAAAGAAGAAAACACGCAAGUCCAGCGAGGAUAAGAGGGGCUUUUUCUCUUUCUUCAAGAAAAAGGCGAAGAAAACGGAAUCCGUGCCUGCAACUCAAGUCUGUCACCCCGGGGCCAACCACGUCACCAUCCCCAUCCCCGACUACGACCACGAGGUACUCAGGAGAGUUGUCUCAUUCGUUCACCUAGGUCACGUGACUGUGACGACAGACACCGUCAUAGGAUUGAUAUGUGCCGCCACCGAGUUCCAGUUGGAUGAUCUGCGCAAGGCCUGCUGGGAAUUCGUAGAUAUGUGUAUGGUAGCCGAUACCCUCCCCGCACUUCUUAAGUCUGGAGCUCAUUACAGGAAGCGACCCCAUGUGAAGCUGUUCCUUCAGAUGAUUUCCAAGAUGCGAUAGCAGAUUCCCCAGCAGCUCUUCCGUGUUGUGCUAUUCCUUGCGUGACGAAUGUCACGUAGUGCUCAAAUUGUACAUAUUACUGACUACAAAUAAAUAUGAAUAUAGAAACCA